GUGUCGGAACCAUUGUUCUUUGUUCUUGUUGCUAGGAGACUCUACAGAGACGUACUCGUGUCCGCUGUACCAACAAUUAAAGGGGUGGUAGUGAGCAGUCAAGCAUGAACGUGAAUCAGGGGACCGUGGGCAGCGACCCGGUCAUUUUGGCCACGGCUGGGUACGACCACACAGUCCGCUUCUGGCAGGCCCACAGCGGGAUCUGCACUCGAACAGUCCAGCACCAGGACUCUCAAGUGAAUUCACUUGAAAUAACACCUGAUAGGAGCAUGAUUGCUGCUGCAGGUUAUCAGCAUAUCCGCAUGUACGAUCUGAACUCCAACAACCCCAACCCUGUGAUCAACUAUGACGGUGUUAGCAAGAACAUCACAUCUGUGGGCUUCCAUGAAGAUGGACGCUGGAUGUACACAGGAGGAGAAGAUUGCAUGGCUCGUAUCUGGGACCUGAGGUCACGAAAUCUACAGUGCCAGAGGAUCUUCCAAGUCAAUGCGCCAAUCAACUGUGUCUGCCUGCACCCAAACCAGGCAGAGCUAAUAGUUGGAGACCAGAGCGGUGUGAUACAUAUUUGGGACCUGAAGACGGACCACAACGAACAACUGAUUCCCGAGCCAGAGGUGUCGGUCAACGCUGUUCACAUCGACCCAGAUGCUAGUUACAUGGCGGCCGUCAACAGCUCAGGAAACUGUUACGUGUGGAAUGUUGCUGGAGGUAUAGGAGAGGAGGUGACGCAGCUUAUUCCCAAAACCAAGAUCCCUGCGCACAAACGUUACUCUCUGCGCUGCAAGUUUAGCCCCGAUUCCACUCUGUUGGCCACCUGCUCGGCUGAUCAGACCUGCAAGAUCUGGAGGACGUCCAACUUCUCCCUGAUGACAGAGCUGAGCAUCAAGAGCAACAAUCCUGGAGAGACAUCUAGAGGCUGGAUGUGGGACUGCGCCUUCUCUGGAGAUUCGCAGUAUAUAGUCACAGCUUCCUCAGACAACCUGGCUCGUCUGUGGUGUGUGGAGACCGGCGAGAUCAAAAGGGAGUACAGCGGCCACCAGAAGGCGGUGGUGUGCCUGGCCUUUAAUGACAGUGUGCUGCCCUGAGGAGGAGGAGGAGGAGGAGGAGGAAGAUAGUGAAGAGGACUGUGUAACGUUGAAAAGCUCGACAGCCAAUUGCAAGUGGUAUACGCCUCUUGGCAUAUGAUCACCUGGGGAAAAAAAGCUGUUUACUACCUGUGUAGGCAUCAUGAGUAAGCCAAAUCCACCUUGAGGUUCUGAGAUCCAGCACAGGCUAUUAAAAAAUGGUAUACUAUUCUAAAGAAUAGUAUUUACUGUACUAGUACUAUUGGGUUUCAUCACUGUUCAAGAGGUGCAAGCUCCCCCAUCUUUCAACGUUCAUACAUACAUUGUAUGAAAGUUGCCGUGUCUUUUUCAAACCCAAAAGACAAAACUGUCUAUUUGACAGCAAUUUGACAGCGUGCACCCGACUUGACCCCAAUGCCUUCAUUUCCAAAAUUGAUAUAGUUAUUUACAGGACUAAAUUGAAAAAAACCUGCAUUACAGCCGAUGGACUGGUACCUUCCCGCAGCCUGGUGGUUGGGGAUGCCUACGCUAAACCCUACAACACACCCCUCACAGUCAUUAGACACAUUUUAAAUUCUGUUGUACACAUUAAGAAAACAUUUAUAGGCAUCCAGACUUUACUUACAAAACAUGCAGUUAUACAACUUGUCAAAUAAUCUUUCUGCCAGAAAAUGUUGAAUACAGUAUAAUGAAUUGAAGUUUGUUUUUUUUAAUCAAAAGGUGUGUUACAGGAUUAAUUCAAAUGAACAUAGAAUCAUAGCUGCAUUUUGUUGCUUUGUUUUACCCCAGCUUUUAUUGUUGGAGCACAUGUGACAUUGCAUUACAAUGCUUACAGGAAGUACAAGUGGGGAAGGAAUACCACAAGAGAGAGGAUUUUUUGUUAUCACAUCAACCCCCCUUUUUUUUCUUCCAGUCUUAAUGAGUGAGCUAAAAAUGAUUUCCCCUCUAAAUGUGUCUGAGAGGAGCAGUGGAGGACAAUGCGUCAUCAGUCAGGCAGGUAGUAGAAGCACAUAGACAUACAGAUGUUGUUGGGAAAGCAGAUGUCUAUGCAGAAAUACACCAGCCUCUGUUUGCCUGGUCCUGAGAAAGAGACAAGGUUGUAGACCACCACAUUGUAUCUAUUAAGGCAUCAUGUGAAUUUUUUAAAUCAUGUAUUCCAACACAAGUGGAUAAACUACACAAUUUGUCCCAACUAAAACCUGUUUUUUUUUUUUUAUACUAAAAUCUCUCUACCUCAACUACUAUAAAUCCAAAGCAUGACGGUGGGAUACAACCAGGACAAAAUCCUACAAGCAAGGUUUUCAAUUGUCUUAGAAAAGAAAAAUGAAGUGCCGUCAUGAGCGUCUUACUGAGCAAACACUCAAAUGCAUCACCGUCAGGGUACAAGGACCACCUUAAAGGUCUCAUAUUAUAUUAUGUUUCAACAAUUUGAAAUACAUCUUAGGUGUGCUGCCCAAAAUGUAGCCUUGAGGCUAGAAUUUAGUCAGUUUUAAAAGUGUUUUGGUACGGCUACUGGCAACGCGCUGUUUUGUGUGCGUCUGUAGCUUUAAUGCGUAUGUGCUGCGUUUGUCCACGCCUGUCCCUUCCUGAAGCGCUGCUGUGCACUUUAGCAGAUGGUCCUCUGUUUUCAACGUUUUGUGGUUGCGAACGCGCUCCCAUAAAUUAAUUAAAAAAGCAAUUUUUAUCUGAAAACACAAGAACGUGCCUCGAGCACGCCGCGGUAGAAUACAGUGUGCUGCUCUUUUGGUUUCAACUGCUCAACUGUCUCGACCAUAAUAAUAAAAGAUUAUUGAAUGUUCGAGGGGUCAUGGAUUCUGUGCGCUGUUAGAUGACCAGGGCAGAGAAGAGAAGGUUAUCCUACCAAAAUAUAACUAUAGGGAUAAAAGUAAAAAAUUGUUCUCUUUUUCUUAGUUUCAAUUCAUUAUUAUUUAAUAUUUGUAUCAUUGUACUUUAUACGUGCAUGUGUUCAGCGUACAGUGUAUGGAGUUGAUUUAAGUAUAAGUACCGACUUACAGUAAAACUCAAUGAUCACCUGGACACUGUACCUUUGCUCUUGUACAACGUAAUAUGUAGGACAGGAGGACACAAACGUUAGACGGGGCAGGGUCAUCUAGGU